UGGCAGUGGGUCGCGGACCGCGAUCGCAACAACCAUUCUUUGACCUCCCAGCAAUGUCACCAGGCAUUCCCAGAUCUCUACAGCGAGAUUUACCGAUCGCAAGCAUAUUGGCGGGAUCGAUUAGGCCCAGCCGGGAAGUUGACUGAAGAGAAUUGGGGUUUGAAAUGGAGCAAUGAUGGCGGUCUAAGAGCACUGAUAUGGGAGGGAAAGCUCUACAUAAUCGAGUCUCGUGGGCUCAAUCAUUUCUUACAUUGGAAAGAGAGAUCACAUGCUACGCUGCAUAACAUCCAGCGUGCGAUCAUAGGCGCGCGAGAACCGAUCCCAAAUAUCGAGUUUAGCAUUAAGAUCAACGAUAAGAUCGAGCUCACGAAUGAGCAUCCGAACAACACGGUAUGGAACUUCAAUCGGGACGUGCACGAUGAAGCGAUGAAGCAGGUGUGGUUGAUACCGGACUUCAACUUCUGGGCUUACCCACGCGUUGCCGGCGCAUACGGUGACUUUCAGCGACAAGCUAUCGACUUCUACGAUGACUACAAUUGGAAAACGCCUAAGCUUAUUUGGCGAGGCACAACAGAGUUCAACCCCGAAAUUCGGGUCAAGCUGAUCGAGCAGAGUGACGGAAAGAGCUGGUCUGAUGUCCACAAGGUUGCAGAAGACGUACAUGACGAGGAAGCCACGAAAUGGAGGAUCAACAUGCCGGACCAUUGCAAGUACAAAUUUGCGGUGCAUACAGAGGGAACAACAUGGUCAGGCCGCUUGAAAUACCUGCUCAGCUGUCAUUCCACAAUCAUUAUACACCCCUUGAGAUACACAACACAUCUGUACCAUCUCCUGGAAGCUGAGGGGCCGAAUCAGAAUUACGUUAGAUGCGAAAAAGACUGGAGCGACCUUCCGUCAACCAUGGAUGACCUCCUCGCGAACCCUUCGAAAGCAAAGAGAAUUGCAGACAACGCCGCAGCCAAGUUCAGAGACAGAUACUUCACACCCGCCGCACAAACCUGCUACUUCAGAGAACUCUUUAAGGUCUGGUCGGACAUC